AUGGCCGCCGCAAUUUCUCAAACAGGCGCCGCGCAGACCUCUGCGUACGACAUCCCGGAGCUAUUCAGGAUGCGUCCUGUCGUGGUCGACGCGCUCGAGACCGACUCGUCUGCCAUGCAGCAGGACACGAUUGAGGAAUGCCUCCCCUUCCUUCUGGGCGAGGAGGACCUAGGUCCGCGAAAUAACCACGGAAUCCCUCUCCUGGACAAGCAGCGCCACCUCAAUUUCCUUCGGAAGCAGCUUGGCCCCCUCCCAGGCGCGUUCAUGGCAGCUGACCCGAGCCGUCCUUGGUUCUUCUACUGGUGUCUGGCGGCCAUGACACUUCUCGGUGAAGAUGUGGCAUUCUAUCGCAACAAGCUUGUGGAGACCGUGCGCCCUAUGCAGAACGCGACGGGUGGCUUUGCGGGUGGACAGGGCCAGAUGUCGCAUCUUGCCACCACGUAUGCAACGAUCCUGUCGUUGGCGCUGGUCGGCGGGGAGGCGGCCUACGAUGUGGUGGACAGAAAGAGCAUGUGGCACUGGCUCGGCUCGUUGAAGCAGCCGGAUGGAGGCUUCCAAAUGGCCAUUGGAGGUGAAGAGGAUGUGAGAGGGGCGUAUUGUGCGUCUGUCAUCAUCUCGCUGUUGAAUAUCCCGCUCGAUCUACCAGCCGAAUCGCCUGCUCGUGCGGCAGGACAUUCAGGGUUCUUCAGUGGUCUCGGAGACUGGAUCGGCCAGUGUCAAACGUACGAAGGCGGUAUAUCGGCCAAGCCCUCGGUCGAAGCGCACGGGGCGUACGCUUUCUGUGCGCUUGGUUGCUUGAGCAUCAUCGAUUCCCCGCAUAGGAGCAUCCCACGCCAUCUCGACCUUCCGCGACUCAUUUCGUGGCUGUCAUCACGCCAAUAUGCUCCCGAAGGAGGCUUCUCUGGUCGCACCAACAAAUUGGUAGACGGGUGCUACAGCCACUGGGUCGGUGGAUGCUGGCCCCUGAUCGAGGCCAGCAUCAGCGGCCCGCAAGAGGGGUUCGCGGCCGAAGCUGUGACCCCGGCGACGGAGGCAGGUAGCUUGUUCAGUCGAAACGGGCUCAUCAGGUACAUUCUGUGCUGCUGCCAGGACCUGUCGAAGCGGGGAGGCAUGAGAGACAAGCCCAGCAAAAACUCGGAUGCGUAUCAUUCGUGCUACGUUCUGUCUGGGCUGAGCUCGGCCCAGCACAAGUGGACGAUGAAAUCGGCUCGCCUAGACGCGACUGUCUUGGGGUCCGACGAGUGGGUUGUGACGCCGUAUCUGGAGGGACAGCAGAUUUUCAGCGAGGACGACCGGCUAGCCACAACUCAUCCGGUGUACGUGAUCCCCCAGCACAAGGCAGACGGCAUCAGGGACUACUUUGCGAACAAGGCCGGGUUCUAA